AUGCUUUACGAGCUGAUAGGAAUAGUCCGACCUGGCAACCUCGCCGAGGUAAAGGAGAUUGUCCUCACGGCAGGCCAACUCGUCCUGCGCAACGGCGGCGUCGUCCGCUCCGUCGCCAACUGGGGCGUCUUUGCCCUGCCGCGCGCCGUGACCAAGGCCCAGAUGCGCCACCAUAACGGCCACUACUUUGUCCUGCGGUACGACGGCUCCGCCGCCGCCCAUGAGCAGGUGCGCAGCACGCUCGCGCUCGACCCCCGCGUCAUCCGCGCCACGGGCGUACGCCUCGGUGACGGCAAGCUCGACACGCUGAGCCGGCUCGGCGAGAUCCGGUGGGAGAGGGGCACGUGA